AUGAGCCAAUCAGGGUCCGUGAGCUGUUGCCCGGGUGCUGCCAAUGGAAGCCUGGGCCGGUCUGACGGUGCGCCCAAGAUGAGUGCCAAGGACCUGUUUGGUGAGUGAGGUUUGAGAACAGGAGGCUGGGGACAGCUCAGCAGGGAGGGUCUCUCCCUACCACCCUCCCCAGGGCUGUGCCAGGCCCCCACCAGGGAAGGCAGGUCAGCCUGGGCCCCCAAAGGAGGCCCCUGGGCCCAACCAACAGGUGCUCAGGCCCUGCCCCCAAACUCUGGCCACAGAGCAGCCCUCCCCCAGCAGCCAGUAAGGGGAGAGGCCUUGCGAAUAAUUCAGGGAGCAUCAAUAUUGAUUCUCUGUGCUCCUCUCUGCCACCGGAUCCGAUUCUCCAGGAGGCUGGGGCUCCUGCUGGGCUGAGUGCCAGGUGUCUGCUCCCGGAGGGUUGGGCCUGGCCAGCACCCCCCCCCCCACCGCCCCCAGCUCUGACCCUCCCCCAGUCACGCAGGUCCUGGAAAGCCAGGAGCCCCGGGAGGGGCAGGGAGAUGGUCGCUGGCAGCUCUUGGAGUUGGGGCAAGGCCUGGACCAGAUCCCUCCCCAGGCAGGUGGGCCUGGGGAGGCUGAGCCUCCUACACCCACUCCAGGGCAGACCCGGGCACAGCUGUGCCUUCACCUCGCUGAGCUGGGGGUCCCUCCUGAGGACGGAGGGAGCCCCGGGUCCUGCCAGGAGAGGCCAGCCCCCACUCCGAGAGUCUGCGCCUCUCCUGGUGGUCGUGAGGGGCCCACAGGCAGCCCCGCCCUGGCCUCCCCUCCGCCGGCCCGUGCCGCCUGCGGGGCCGAGUGACAGUGUGUCCUGCUCAGAGCAGAGGAAGAAAUACUCCAACUCCAGCGUCAUCGUGCACGAGACCUCGCAGUACCACGUCCAGCACCUGGCUACGUUCAUCAUGGACAAGAGUGAGGCCAUCGCGUCUGUGGAAGACGCCAUCCGGAAGCUGGUGCAGCUGAGCUCCAAGGAGAAGAUCUGGACACAGGAGAUGCUGCUGCAGGUCAACGACCAGUCGCUGAGGCUGCUGGAUAUAGAGUCGCAGGAGGAGCUGGAGAACUUCCCUCUGCCCAGCGUGCGGCACAGCCAGACGGUGCUCAACCAGCUGCGUUACCCGUCAGUGCUGCUGCUCGUGUGCCAGGACUCCGACCAGAGCAAGCCCGACGUCCACUUCUUCCACUGCGACGAGGUGGAGGCGGAGCUCGUGCACGAGGACAUCGAGAGCGCGCUGGCGGACUGCCGCCUGGGGAAGAAGAUGCGGCCGCAGACCCUCAAGGGCCACCAGGAGAAGAUCCGGCAGCGGCUGUCGAUCCUGCCCGCGGCCCCAGGCCCGGCCCCCAUCCCCAUCCAGCGCUUUGGCGGGGACUCCCCUUCCACCAAGAACCGAGUGGGCCUGCUGACGCCGCUGGGAGAACUAGGCCUCCGCCGCCGAGAGUCGCUGGAGGAGGAGCCGCGGGCCGCCCUGGCGCAGAGGAUCGAGAAGGAGACGCAAAUCCUCAACUGCGCUCUGGACGACAUUGAGUGGUUCGUGGCGCGGCUGCAGAAGGCGGCGGAGGCCUUCAAGCAGCUGAAUCAGCGCAAGAAGGGAAAGAAGAAGGGGAAGAAGGGGCCGGCAGAGGGUGUCCUCACGCUGCGGGCACGGCCCCCCUCGGAGGCUGAGUUUGUGGACUGUUUCCAGAAGACCAAGCUGGCCUUCAACCUGCUGGCCAAGCUGCAGAAGCACAUCCAGAAUCCCAGCGCGGCUGAGCUGAUGCACUUCCUCUUCGGACCUCUGGACCUGAUCGUCAGCACCUGCGGUGGCCCAAACAUCGCUCGCUCUGUGUCCAGGCCCCUGCUGUCCCGCGACGCUGUGGGCUUCCUGCGUGGCCACCUAGUCCCCAAGGAGAUGGCGCUGUGGGAAUCCCUGGGGGAGACCUGGACACGCCCCCGCUCCGAGUGGCCACGGGAGCCGCAGGCGCCCCCCUACGUGCCCAGGUUCCACAGUGGCUGGGAGCCACCCCUGGACGUGCUGCAGGAGGCCCCCUGGGAGGUGGAGGGGCUGGCAGCUCCCGCCGACGAGCCAGCUCCAGUGAGCCGACCGUCCUUUAGAAACUCCCCGAAGCACAGCCUCGGUCCGGAGUCCACGUCCCCAGGAGACGUCCUCCCCCAGGUCAGCUCCCAGCACACUCACAGAGGCUACGAGUCUGCGCCAGCCAUGGCCAAGUACGUCAGGGUCCUUUAUGAUUUCACGGCCCGCAACGCCAACGAGCUGUCGGUGCUGAGGGAUGAAGUCCUGGAGGUGCUGGAGGACGGCCACCAGUGGUGGAAGCUUCGGAAUCGCAGUGGCCAGGCAGGCUACGUGCCCGGCAACAUCCUGGCAGAGACCCGGCUGGAGGACGCCCCCCAGGAGCAGGGAGUGAAAUACUGGGGUCCUGUCAGUCCAACCCACAAGCUGCCCCCCAGCUUCGCAGGAAACAAAGACGAGCUGAUGCAGCACAUGGACGAGGUCAACGACGAGCUGGUGAAGAAGAUCAGCAACAUCCGGGCGCAGCCAGCACGGCCCUUUCGGGUGGAGCGCAGCCAGCCGGUGCCCCCGCCGCUCACCCAUGCGUCUGGGCCCCGCGAGGUCCGCGCCUGGCUGGAGGCCAAGGCCUUCAGCGCGCGGGUCGUGGAGCACCUGGGCGUCCUGACCGGCCCACAGCUCUUCUCCCUCAACAAGGAUGAACUGCGGAAGGUGUGCGGGGAGGAGGGCGCCCGUGUGUACAGCCAACUCACCGUGCAGAAGGCCUUCCUAGAGAAGCAGCAGGGUGGGUCGGAGCUGGAGGAGCUCAUGAGCAAGUUCCAUUCCAAGACCCAGAGGCGCACAGAGGAGGACAGUUAGGCCUGCAGCUGGGGACGAGCCCCACGGCUGGAGUGUUAUUUUUGUUCGCGGACGUGUUUCAGACCCUGGACUCAGAUGGACAGUCACGCUGGAUGGGGCCCCAGGGACCUGACCUCGGGCUCGGCGCUGCCCCCGCGCACGCGCCCGGGGCCCCCACACUCUCUG